GCGGCUGCGCGUAGUGAAUGCCACGUACUGACUGACGUUGAAAGUGUGGAGGACGCUUCCUGAUGCUGGCCCAGUUCUGGCUAGGCUAGCUAACUGGUUUGAUUGUCACGGUUUGGGGUGAACCUGUGAAACACGGCGCGGUCAAGUUGUCAGUUUCAGACUACCUCUCCUCUGACUGUAAAGCGGUGGGAGCACAACAGGUUGGACUGUACCAUGAACGGCCAGCUGGACCUGAGUGGGAAGCUGAUCAUCAAAGCCCAGUUGGGUGACGACAUCAGACGCAUUCCUAUCCACAAUGAAGACAUCACUUAUGAUGAGCUGGUGCUGAUGAUGCAGCGUGUUUUCAGGGGCAAGCUGCAGAGUAAUGAUGAAGUUACCAUCAAAUAUAAGGAUGAGGAUGAUGACCUCAUCACCAUCUUUGACAGCUCCGACCUCUCCUUUGCCAUCCAGUGUAGUAGAAUACUCAAACUGACUCUGUUUGUGAACGGUCAGCCGCGGCCUUUGGAGUCCAGCCAGGUGAAGUACUUGCGCAGGGAGCUCAUAGAGCUUAGGAAUAAAGUCAACAACCUCCUGGACAGUUUGGAGCCCCCCACAGAGCCUGGACUGGCUGCUACAGCAAGAGAAAGUGAAUCGGUUGAUGGACGUGAAGGAAAAGUUGUGGCAGGAGAUCCCACAGUGAAACAGGCCACUCCAGUCAGUGCGGCAAGCAUGUCAGCCUUUGACCCACUGAAAAACCAGGACGAGGUCAACAAAAAUGUCAUCUCUGCUUUUGGCCUCAGUGACGAUCAGACCCAAGCCCCUCCAGCAGUUGCAGCAGAGGAGCGCUCAGGAACUCCUGAUAGCAUCGCCUCCUCCUCAUCUGCGGCCCCUCAGCCAGGAGUACCCCCCCAACCACAGGCUCCUUAUGCUGGAGUGCAGCAGGGACCCCCAGCUGGCAUUGAUGGUCAGGUGUACCAGCAGUACCAGGCCCCAGGUGGAUACCAGCAACCAGGUGCCCCACCCCAGCAGCAGCAGCAGCAGUAUGGUAUGCAGUACCCUGCAGGAUAUAGUCCUCAGCCCGGAGCUCCUCAGCCUGGCCCACCACAGCAGCAACAGCAGCAGUUUCAGAACUACGCCCCUCCCUCCACCCAGGCUCCUACCCCCGGCCCAGCCCCACCUCCAGCCCCAGCCCAGGGCUUCCAAGGUGGCCAGCAACCACCCCAUCCAUCUCAGGGAGCCCAGCAAUAUCCACCAGGAGCCUUCCCUCCCCAAAACUAUACCUCCCAGGCCUCCCAGCCUGCUAACUACAGCCUGCCACCUAACUCCCAGGCCGGCUCAGCAGGGUACCAACCCCGCCAGGGGUACAACGUACCUCCAGGCAGCACCCCUCCACCGGGAGCUGCUAACCCAUAUGCCCGCAACCGCCCCCCCUAUGGCCAGGGCUACACUCAGCCUGGCCCUGGAUACCGGUAAAAGGGGACAGAUGAUACUAAUGAUCCUCACACACCCCCCCUUAACCCCUACCUUCUGUGUGUGGCUCCAGCUGUUUGGAGUGUGUGCAGGAAACAUUGUUUUACUGCUCUACAUUCCCCUCUCCGGCAAAUAUCAAGUCCA